AUGUUGCACAAAAAUCUUGAGAACCUUAAUUUUAGUGGUGUAUCAUCUUUAACCAAAGAAACUAUAAGAGUAAAUAAUUCACAAAGUGCAGCUACUCAACAAAGUACCAAUAGAAAUGCUGGAUUUCAUUCCGAAGAGUGGGCCUGUGUAAUAAUGUAUUAUUUUAAAAACUUUGAAAAUGUUGCACAUGUAUCAUCUUUAACCAAAGAAACUAUCAAUGUUAACAGUUCACAAGGCGCAUCCUCUGGUCAAAGUAUCAAUGGAUCUACUGGUUUCGGAGAAGACUUUGAAAAUGUUGCACAUGUAUCUUCAUUGACUAAAGAAACUAUAAAUAUCAAUAGUUCUCAAAGUACUGCCACUCAUCAAAGUACCAAUGGAACAACUGAUUUGGCGAAAAAUCUUGAAAACCUUAAUCUUAGUGGUUUAUCAUAUGUGUUUAUGCAUAAGAUUCACUUCAAAAUGAAUACAAAUAAUGUCGAGGAAACAGAUAGAUUAGUCAAAGGAAAGAAUGUAUUGAAAUUUGAUAUUGAUUCUUUAUUUGAUAGAUUCAUUGUUUUAGUUUACAAUCAUAUGAAAGAUAAGGAGAAUGAACAAUACUGUAAUAUCAUAUUAAUAGGAAAUAUUAAUAAUAAUAAUAAUGAGAUAGUAAUACCAGAUACAGUCGAUACUCAAUAUCAAUUAAUAAUAAUAAGAUCAUAUUCUUACCCCUCGAAUCUAUUAAAUUUAGAUGCGAUACCAAUAUGCAUCGAGCUAUUAAACAAAUCACAAUCAUACAGAUUCAAUAUUGCAAAAUGUCAAUUCAAACACAAUCUUAGUUAUUUCAAACAAUCGAUUAUCAUUAAUAACAAACAAUAUCAUUCGAUAUCAAGAUUUACAAACAGUAAUCAUAUCAAUCAAGUAGAUUUAGUGUGUGGUACUGAUCAGAGAUUGUUAAAAAUUGUUAAACUAACACAACCAAUUCAAAAUAAAGAUAAUCGGAAUUAUGAAAGAGCAUUAAAUGAAAUCAAUGCAAUGAAAUUACUCAAAGGUAAUCCAAGAUUUGUUCAACUCUUUGAUUUUUUAGAUGAUAAAGAUAAUCAUAUCUUUCAUCUAGUUACUGAAUAUUGUCAUGGUGGGGAUCUUGCUCAAGAGUAUAAACGUUUAACUGAUCUAAAUACAAUCUUUAGAGAAUCAGAUAUUCGUAAAUAUAUUUUGCAGCUUUUCGAAAUUCUUUUGGAUCUUGAUAAACUUGGAAUUGUUCAUUGCGAUAUUAAACCAUCGAAUGUAUUCUUUGGUGGAGAUCAAGAUGAUUUGACUUUGAUGCUUGGAGAUUUUGGCUAUUGUAAAUUCAUUGGUGAAUCAACAAUCAUUGAGUAUCCAGAUACAAAUGAACACAUUCUUGAAGGUGAUUCGAUUUUGAAUUUGAAAUGUAUCGAUCAUGAAAUAACAGAUCCAUCCAUUAUAAACUCAAUUUUAUAUGCAACUCGAGGAGCACAAGGUUAUAUACCAGAAAAGAUGAAUAUAAUACAAUAUGCUCAAUCAUGUGACAUCUUUUCAAUUGGAUCAACAAUUCUCAAAUUAUUAUGCUGUCAUCAAGAUGAUCGAAAUAAUCAUCAACUACUCCAAACCAAAGGAGAAAUUAAAAUUUCGGAAUUCAGGUAUUCAAAACAAUUAAUUGACUUGAUACAUCGAUUGUUGGAUCUGAGUCCAAAGAAUAUAGAAUCAUUAAAUCUAUUAUUAAAUCAGUAUCUUGAAACCAUCACCAAUAUUCAAAGUGCUUCUACUCAACAAAGUUCAAAUGAAACUGCAGGAUUCCGGCCUGAAAUGACUUUCAAGGUAGAGAUAAUGCACAAUUUUGUAAUAAUCACUAAAUUCUGA